ACCUCUGCCGACUGCCGCUCUGCGCUAAGCUGCUUGAGUUCUGGUUCCGUCUUUACUGAGUCAGAGAAAGAAACAGGAGAAACACUAGGAAAAGAAUAAGAAGGAGCGGUUAACUUAACUCACACUGGACUCCUAGACUAAAUAAAAUUAGCUUGUCUUGCUAUCUUGUCCCGGCAGUGUUUGCGUCAGUCUAAAACCACAGUACAGCUCAGUCAGCAGGAUGGCUGUUAUGACGGAUAGGCUUAAUGAACUGGGAGUUCGAGAUGUGAGCCCUGACCUGGAAGAUGAAGAUGGUGACUAUUCAUUUGAGGGAUUCUUCCAAACUGUCAAUCAGAUGAGUAGGAAUACAGAAAAGAUACAACAGAAGCUAGACGAGAUAAAGCAAGUCCAAGAUGACAUCAUCACGAAACCUGCCACAGCAAACAAAGUUGCUAAAGAAAGACAUGCAGAGCUCAUGGAUGAAGUGAAACAGUUAUCACAGACUGUCCAUAGAGGAUUGAAAAGAUUGGAUGAAGAAAUAAAACAUGAUGAACUAGGACCAAACAGACACAAUGCUGAGUUUAGGAUAAAAAAGAGUCAAGCAGCAGCUUUAAGUCAAAAGUUAAAGGCCGUCAUGUUGGAAUAUAACCAGCUGGAGGAACAGCAUAGAGAAAAGUGUAAGAAAGUAAUCAAACGACAGUUACAGACAGUUGAUCCCUCACAAAAUCCUUCGGAUGACAAGGUUGAGGAGUUACUAGAGUCUCAGGAUUUGUCAAUCUUCACACAAGACAUAUUAACUCAAACGGCUCAGAAGAGACAGGCACUGGACGAGGUUGAAGCAAGAAAAAGAGAAAUCCUCCAACUAGAAGAAAACAUAAAAGAACUCCAUGACAUGUUUUAUGACAUGAUGCUCCUCGUUGAGUCACAGGGUGACCUUAUAGAUAAUAUCCAGCAUAACGUAGAAACAGCAGCCGUGUACGUCAUGAAAGGAACAGAGGAGACGACAAAAGCUCGAAUAUAUGCCAGCAAAAAUCGCCGGUUAAAAUGGAUUAUAUGUGGAGUGGUGACUGCUGUGAUACUGGGAAUUGUGAUUGCUAUAGUAAUUGCAGCUGCUAUUGGGGCUUCUGUUGUACAGGGUAGGGGGUCUAGUAAGAGGUCGUUAAGGGAAGUUGAUACAUCUGAAUCAAUACUGGCUAUUCUCCUACCAUCCCACGAUACAGUGGAGUAAAGGAAUUGAGGAUUAUAUGGUGAUAAUUGGAGCUUAUGUGUUUAUGAUUAUCGUUAUUAAUAUUACACACGAGUGUAAUCGUCAUUGGGAUUUAUUUAUUAUCAACAAUUUAAUUAUUUUAAAUUUAAAUGUACGUGCAAUAGUCAUUAUCAUUAUUAUUAUUUCAAUUUUGCUUUCUCUAAUUCCUAUCAUUAUUCAUUGCCUUUUUAUUACUAUCAUCAUAAUCAUAAUCAACAUUAUUAUUAUCAUUAUUAAUUCAUUAUUUACAAAAUUAAAUGUUAUCAUUAUCAAUCAUCAAUAAUGUAAGUGAAAUUUUGAGAAUUAAGUGUUAAAA